AUUCGAAGUCGCUUUCUUCCGCUUACUUGAUAAGGACGUCACACUCCAUACCUGCUGUAUUAUUCCGUGAUUGGAGGAGCUCCCAACAACCGGAGUUCCCUCAGACAGCCGUUGGUCGUCCUAACACGCACUUUCCACAGACCGCCGCCGUUUCCUUCCUCCAGCACGGUCGUUGCGUGUUUCUACCAAUCAAAGGCGUCGCCGUCGCCAUGCUUCCGGUCGCUCUUCGCGGCGCUCGCCGGCUGACGUCAUGUCCCGUCAGCAGCGUCUACGCGCGAGGCUUCGCGGCGUCGCAGAAUAGUCUGCAGAGCAGCCCGGAAGCCCCUCCCCCAUCAUCCAAGCCUGAUCCGCCUGCCGACCUCAACACAAUCCUGGAAAAGAACAUGAACACGCUGCUCGUGACGGAGCUGGCCCGAGGCAUGGGCCUCACGCUCAAGUACUUCUUCGAUAAGAAGCUCACUAUCAACUACCCGUUUGAGAAGGGCCCUCUGAGUCCGCGCUUCAGGGGCGAGCACGCCUUGAGGCGCUAUCCCACGGGCGAGGAGCGCUGCAUCGCCUGCAAGCUGUGCGAGGCGGUGUGCCCCGCCCAGGCCAUCACGAUCGAAGCAGAGGCCCGGGAGGAUGGCAGCAGGCGAACAACGAGGUACGACAUCGACAUGACCAAGUGCAUCUACUGCGGGCUGUGCCAGGAGGCAUGCCCCGUGGACGCCAUUGUGGAGGGACCCAACUUCGAGUUCGCCACUGAGACACACGAGGAGCUGUUGUACGACAAGGAGAAGCUGCUGGAGAAUGGCGACCGGUGGGAGAGCGAGAUCGCCAACAACAUGCAGACCCAGUCCCUCUACCGCUGACCUCCCGGCCAGUCUGGUGCCUUGCCUUUUCCACUGCUGCUGGGCCAUGACAUGUGAAGGAAUGGCGACAGACGGAUUGAUUUUAACACACCAUGCAGCAGAGUCAUCAGUAUCCAGCUGAACCACUCCAUAUUAUCUGUCAACAGGAGUGUGCCAUGUUCUGUGCUACUGUGGCGUCACCCCAUCAUCCCAUACACACUUCCAGCUCCACCACUCGAGUGCUUUUCCUCAAACAUCAGCACGCUCUGGGAAUGCGUGCCUAUGUUUCUCGCUUAAAACCCACCCAACCGUUUCAGGGUGCUUUAGGAACCCUCUGACUCGCAGACAAUCUUACCUAACCUCAAUCAAACGUACACGCCGAACACCACUCAGAUCCAAGGCCUGCUAGAUCCCCCCUCCCCAUUAUAGCAUCCCCACUUUAUUAACCUGGGAUAGUCUGUCCUUAUGGCACAC